GGAGCGGCAGACACGGCGCCCUCUGGGAAAUGUAGUUCAGUGCAGCACUGGCGAUAAGCUAGAUGGCUCCGGGCUUGAUCCCGGCCAAAGAGAGCACAGAACCGUGUCCUGGAGUCUUCUGGCGCUCCUGGCGUAGCCUUGCACUAUUUGGAGUCAGGCCGGGCGUGCUUGAACUGAGCUUAUUAUAAGCCAAGGCACAUCACUGCCCUUUCCCAGAGGUAGAGUUAACACACAGAGUGCUGAGUUCUGAGAGUCGGCCUAUUUACACUCCUUCCGCCACCGGGGAGACGGUCCCGCAAGCUCUGGCUGAGGAAGGAAAGCGCGAAAAGCUGAUUCGAGCCACUGAAACAUCUGGGAAAUGUAGUCCACAAUCAGAAAGGUGGAAGACUGGCCAACAUAAACUGAUUUCAUCCGUUAUUGAGCCCGGGCUUGACAGAGCCCAAGGGACCUCUGGGAGAGCUAGCCAGCCCGAGGAGUGCGCAGGCGCGGACUUUCUGGCUCGCCAUAGUCGUCUUUGUUUGCUGGCCAGCUUCCUUGUGCAUCUCCAGGAGCUGUAUUGUCCUUAUACGUUAAAACCCCUGACAACCCUAAGGGCUCAGGCUGAAUUCUGGGAUGCUGCUUUGACCCUCAACAGUAACAUCCAAGUCCUGUGUCACUAUUUAGAAGUUUAAAGCUGCUGGUUCAAACAAGAAGCGCAAUCAAUGAUUGAGGAAGAAACGUAAGGAAGGUGCUCUCCAGGAUCUCUGGCUCAGCUAGGAGUGGCACCUCACAGCAUAAAGGAAGACAUUUUCUAAACACUGUCUUGGAAUAAGAAGUUGAAGUUUUUUGUGAAAACACACGAUUUAGAGAACAUGGGCUGUACCUCUUCAUCUUCAAAGAAAACCAAAGAAUCUGAUAAAGUACUGGCUGCCGCAUUAGUAAUCCAGAGCUGGUACCGGCGUUACCGUGCUCAAUUAAAGACCAGAGAACGCUUUGCCCUCCACAUCUUCCAGUCCAUCGAAUAUGCUGACGAACAAAGCCAACUGCAGCUAUCCAAUUUCUUUACCUUCGUGUUGGAACACUACAGACAUAUCCGCGCGAAAGAUCUCAGAUUAGUCAAUCGACUGUAUGUCUCCAGCCAGCAUGAAAGGGAUAUAAUGGACGACGACGACGACGGGAUGCUGUCAGAAAUCUCAGACAUCUACGGCGGUCCUCAGCUGCAAUUUCCCCUCACUUUUGCUGAUGUUGAGUCACUUAUUGAGGGCUACAAGCAACAUCAGUUACUUCAUGCAUGUUAUGUCUUAGAGAUACUAUUUGAAACCAAGAAAGCCCUGAAGCAAAUGCCGAAUUUUAAUCUCGUAAAAACUUCUCCCUCCAAAGAGGUAACAAUCUGUGGUGAUCUGCAUGGAAAGCUGGAUGAUCUCUUUUUGAUCUUCUAUAAGAAUGGUCUCCCAUCAGAGAACAAUGCGUACAUUUUUAAUGGUGAUUUUGUAGAUCGAGGAGAUAAUUCCAUAGAGAUCCUCAUGAUCCUGCUCGUGAGUUUUCUUGUUUAUCCCAAUGACGUGCACUUGAACAGAGGGAACCAUGAAGAUUUUCUGAUGAAUAUGAGGUAUGGCUUCUCAAAAGAAGUCAUGCAUAAAUAUAAGCUAUAUGGAAAGAAAAUCUUACAGGUCUUGGAAGAAGUCUAUGCCUGGCUCCCAAUUGGUACAAUCAUUGACGAAGAAAUCCUGGUCAUACAUGGUGGGAUAUCCGAGUCCACAGACUUGAAUUUUCUCCACUGCUUAAGCAGAAACAAAAUGAAGUCUGUGCUGAUGCCACCAAUUCAAAUGCAUAGAGGCUAUGGUGCUGAGUUUAGGAAAAGUAAAGGAGAAACGCUUCAGGGAGUCAGAACAACACGUUUAUCCUUUGCUGAAGAGGUAGCACAGAAAGGAUGGGAUCAGGUUAUCAGUAUUUUGUGGAGUGAUCCCAGAGACAAAAGAGGCUGUCAUCCAAACACAAGUCGAGGAGGGGGCUACUAUUUUGGACCAGAUGUUACCGCCAAGGUUCUUAGUAAGUUCCAGUUGAAGCUGCUCAUUAGAUCCCAUGAAUGCAAGCCCGAAGGCUAUGAAAUCACCCAUAAUGGGAAGGUUAUUACUGUAUUUUCUGCAUCUAAUUAUUAUGCAGAAGGCAGCAAUCGAGGAGCUUAUAUCAAGCUGAGCCGUGGUACACGCCCUCGAUUUUUCCAGUACCAAGUAACUGAGGCUACACGCUCAAAGCCUCUUCACCAAAGGGUGACUACUAUUGAAAGUAGUGCCAUCAGGAUAUUAAAAGAGAGAAUAAUUUCACGAAAAACUGACCUCAUUAAUGCUUUCCAACUUCAAGACCGCAAAAAAUCAGGGAAACUUUCUCUGGGCCAGUGGGCUUUUUCCAUGCAGAACGUUCUGGGGCUGAAGUUAGCGUGGAGAUCCCUGAGUUCGCAUCUGGUCACCACAGACAAAGAUGGAAAUGUUGACUACAUGUCCUGCUUUUCCGAUAUCCACAUUCAAAAGCCUGUGAAAGAGGUUCAGUCAGCUGUAAUUGAAACUCUGUACAGAUACCGCUCUGACCUGCAAAUCAUCUUUGAUAUCAUUGACACUGAUCACUCAGGUCUGAUCUCCAUGGAAGAAUUUAAUUCCAUGUGGAAACUUUUCAGUAGUCACUACGAUGUUCAUAUUGAUGAUCACCAAGUUUAUGAACUCGCUGAAAAAAUGGACCUAAACGAAGAUGGAGGCAUCGACUUCAAUGAGUUUUUUAAGGCUUUCCAUGUAGUCCACAAAUUUGAUAAGUUGAACAAGUCAGACACCAAUUUUGCUUAACAAGAAUUAGGGCUUUUCCCUCCUCCUUGUGAACAACCACUGACACAAUCUUUUCCAGGACCCUUGAAAUUCACAGUAGUAAAGAAAAGUACACCUCAAUUUAUGCCAUAAGCAGACGUAUAGUGUAGGUCAUGGUAGUCCCUAGUAAGCUGUUAUUGGUAAGAUUAGGUUAAAUGUCAGCUGAUAGAUUUGGUUCCAGUGGCAGAACCCAGACAUUUCUAGGUAGAAACUGAGUUUGAACCUAAUACUGGUCUCUUGGAUGCCACCUAACCAGGAGACCAGAGCAGUUUGGAAACAUACAGAAAGGGACCCACAGUGCGCCAGAGAAAAAUACACCAUCUGUGAGUAGCUGAGGGAUAGGAGGAGGAAUACUAGACUAUUAAUGCAAUAAAAUAUUUCCAUCUGUCAAAAAAAAAAAAAGAAAAAAAAAUGUGAAUGUACUAAUGGCACUAAACCAUACAUUAAAAGUGGUUAAAAUGGUAAAUUUUAUCUUAAUUGUAUGCAUACAACUUACCACCCACACAAAAAAAGAUAGACCUAGAAUGGAAACAACUUUUUUGGUCAUGAGUCAGUAAAUGUUG